AUGACGAGUGUUGACACUAACGGAACAUCUUCUCUUCAAAAUACGACUCUCCAAGUGAAUACAAAGGGUCAUGUGCUUCAUGCUUUCGUUAAUAAAAGAUACAUUGGGUCGCAGUGGGGGAGUAAUGGCCAAAGUUUUGUGUUUGAGAAACCGGUUCUACUAAAAUCAGGAACCAACACAAUAACUCUUUUGAGUGCCACAGUUGGGUUGAAGAAUUACGACGCAUUUUAUGAUAUGGUGCCAACGGGAAUCGAUGGAGGUCCCAUUUAUCUAAUUGGAGAUGGAAACGUGAAAACCGAUUUGUCAUCAAACUUAUGGUCUUAUAAGGUUGGAUUAAAUGGAGAAAUGAAGCAAAUUUACAACCCAAUGUUCUCACAGAGAACAAAUUGGAUUUCACUAAAUCAAAAAUCUAUUGGAAGGCGAAUGACGUGGUACAAGACUAGCUUUAAGACACCUGCCGGAAUUGACCCAGUAGUCUUGGACAUGCAAGGAAUGGGAAAAGGCCAAGCUUGGGUAAAUGGGCAAAGCAUAGGCCGAUUUUGGCCAUCUUUCAUUGCUGGCAAUGAUAGUUGUAGCGCAACAUGUGACUACAGAGAAAUUGGUGGAAAUCCACAACACGUGUCGGUUCAAACAAUCACAAUAGGAACUAUAUGUGCAAAUGCUAAUGAAGGAAGCACCUUAGAGUUGUCUUGUCAGGGAGGACAUGUCAUCUUUGAAAUCCAAUUUGCUAGCUAUGGAAAUCCAGAGGGGAAAUGUGGUUCGUUUAAGCAAGGUUCAUGGGAUGUGACAAACAGUGCCCUUUUUGUGGAAAAAGCUUGCAUUGGCAUGGAAAGUUGUUCCAUUGAUGUAUCUGCGAAGUCAUUUGGAUUAGGCGAUGCUACAAAUUUAUCUGCAAGAUUGGCAGUUCAAGCACUAUGUGCACAUAAUUGA